UUACAGUGGACUAGAAGCACAUAGGCAACAAGAUAAGGCCCACAACCACCAUCAUCAAUAUCCACCAUAACCCACAUGAUCUUCACAUGCAGUAUGCACUCAUUCACAUAAAGACAACUCUAAACACACAAAAAUGGAUCAUUUUUCAACCAAUAUGUAUGCACUUUGUUGUACUGGGUGUGUAAAAUUAUUGAUCUUUUCUCCCAAAAUGAACUGUUCUUUUCUUGAUUGAUUGUUUCUGGUUGGUGUGAUUAGUUCUGUUUGCCUUUUCCUUUUUAUACUUUUAUUUUUAAUGGGUUCUUGUUGUGGAUGGAUAUUAUUCUUUAAUGUAAGAUUAUUAAGGAAUCAUUUUGUGCAUGUAUCAGAUCUGUAUUCUUUAUUCUCAUGAUGCAUAUUUGUUUUCUUGGUUAGUGUAUAGAGCUAAAAGUUAGUUUAUCAAACUUUAGUCCAAUUAAAGGAGAUACUUUUUAACAGUUUUUCAUAUUACUCAUUUGGGGUUCUAGAGGUGUCAAUUGUGAGACUUAUGUAAGCUCGGUUGGUAUUAUAUAGGAUAGAUUUAAGUUGGGCAUUCUUUGACACAAAGGAGUAAAAUAGCAGUUGAAGAAAAGCUUAGUAGUAGGCUGGGUUGUUUGGGUCUUUGUGGAUAACAGCCAAAUUUCAGUACUAUUUGCUGGACCUGGUUAUUUACUGUACUGGUAUCUUGGAUUGGAGCCUCUUGUUCCUACUCUUAGAUAUUUACAGGUCUUGUUAUAAAGUUGGCUCAUGAAACUGGACAGCAUGGAUGUGUUUGGUUUAGUACUUAUCUGUGAUGAUCCAGAAACUUCUUAGAUGUUUUAGGUUCAAAUUGAAGCUAAUAUGUGAAGUAACAAUAGCAAGCAUCAUAAGAUUUGAACUUCAGUUUGAUUCUUAAAGAUCUUAGUCAUUCCAAUAUGAGCAGCAAUAAGACCAUUGUUUGGUUUAGGAGGGAUCUCAGAAUUGAGGACAAUCCUGCUUUAGCUGCAGCAGCAAGAGAUGGUUGUAUCCUUCCGGUCUUUAUUUGGUGCCCUCAAGAAGAAGGACAAUUCUACCCAGGUCGAGUAUCAAGGUGGUGGCUGAAGCAGUCUCUUGCCCACUUGGGACAUUCACUGAAAUCCCUGGGGGCAGAACUUUUACUGAUCAAAACCCAUAGUACCCUUGCUGCUCUUUUGGAUUGCGUCAAUGUCAUUGGAGCAACAAAAGUGGUAUUCAACCGUCUCUACGAUCCUGUAUCUCUAGUUCGUGAUCACAACAUCAAAGAAAAACUGGUGGAGCUUGGCAUUUCCAUACAAAGCUAUAAUGGCGAUUUAUUGUAUGAACCAUGGGAAAUAUAUGAUGAAAGUGGACAUGCUUUUAUGACGUUUGACCAAUAUUGGGACAAGUGCUUGCACAUGCAAAUGGAACCAGUUUCGCAUCUUCCUCCAUGGCGAUUGGUGCCAGCUGCUGUUAAUAGCUGUUCAGUUGAGGAAUUGGGCCUCGAAGAUGAAGCUGAAAAAUCUAGCAAUUCCUUAUUAGGAAGAGCAUGGUCCCCAGGUUGGAGCAAUGCUGAUAAGGCACUGGCUGAAUUUGUUGAACAGCAUCUAGUGAACUAUUCAAAGAAAAGGUUAGAGGUUGGAGGGAAUUCCACCUCACUUUUGUCCCCAUAUCUUCAUUUUGGGGAACUGAGUGUAAGGAAAGUUUUUCAUUGUGUGCAAAUGAAACAGUUGUUAUGGGCGAAAGAAGAGAACUCAGUAGGGAGAGAAAGUGUGACUCUGUUUCUUAAAUCCAUUGGGUUAAGGGAAUAUUCCCGCUACCUUUGUUUUAACUUCCCGUAUACUCACGAGAGAUCAUUUCUGAGCAACUUAAGGCUUUUUCCCUGGAAUGCCAAUCAGGCCCAUUUUAAGGCUUGGAGACAGGGACGGACUGGUUACCCCUUAGUUGAUGCAGGAAUGCGUGAGCUCUGGGCAACUGGUUGGAUACAUAAUAAAAUAAGAGUGAUUGUUUCAAGUUUUGCUGUAAAAGCUCUGCUUCUUCCAUGGAGAUGGGGGAUGAAGUAUUUCUGGGACACACUGUUGGAUGCAGACAUGGAGAGUGAUAUCCUUGGCUGGCAGUAUAUAUCAGGCGGCUUACCAGAUGGCCAUGAACUUGAACGUUUAGAUAGCCCUGAGAUUCAAGGCUCAAAAUUUGAUGCAGAUGGUGAGUAUGUAAGGCAGUGGCUACCUGAGUUAGCAAGAAUGCCAACUGAGUGGAUCCAUCAUCCUUGGGAUGCUCCUCUUGCUGUGCUUAGAGCUGCAGGGGUGGAACUGGGACAAAACUAUCCAAAACCUAUAGUUGAAUUGGAUUUAGCUAGAGAGCGUCUUACAGAAGCUAUCUUCAGGAUGUGGGAAACAGCUGCAAGGGCUUCAACCUCAGGCGAAACAAAUGAGGUUGUUGUUGAUAACACUGAUGGUACUGGAAAUUUGGCCAUCCCGAAUGUUGUAUUAAAGGAAAAAACUCCUUGUCCUACUAUUUCGUCCAAUGAUCAGAAGGUACCAACAACACAAAAUCCCAAGAGUACUCCAGUUCAUAGGAAGAGAUCAAAAUACAUGGAAGAGGAAAGACCACAACUAGAUAAACUGCAUAAUCACAAUGUAGAAGGAACCUAUAGAAUAGAUGAUGACUUGUGUUCUACAGCUGAAUCAUCAGCAUUGAAAAAGCAGGCCACCAGCAAAAUUUCAUUUUCUGUUCCCCAAUAUUGCUCCUCAGAAAGCAAAUCUUUGCAUGAAGGUGAAUCAUCUGACCUCAAGCAGUCAUGGCAAGUACAAAUUGACAUGGAACAUGGUUCAAGCAAAGAUGGUUCAUUUUAUCCAGGUCACCCAUCAAAAGGAAUAUGAUAUGCAGUGCGGCAGUCAUAAUUUAUUGAAAUGGAUAAAAGAAAGCUGUUAUCUUCUGUUAACAUAAUUGUCUCUAUCUGAGGAUCAUGAAUUUGUGUUUCCACAACUGAUACUUCACUUGAACUUUAUGAAAGAAUCUAGAGAGGUAGUCAAUCAGGAGUUGGUCUUGUUGAGAAAAUCACUUAAACCAAAUUAAUCAGGAGUGGGUCUUAUUAACUCGAUUAUGUACCUGUACAGAAAUGGUGCUUCAUUUUCUCUUCUUCCAUUUUCUUCACUUCUACUCUCUCUGACGUUUUCCUAGCUGUGCCUGGCAUUUUUACAGUUAAGACCUAAGUUGAAUGUUCUGCCAAAUGCACUUCGGAGUCAUUUUCAAUUUGAUGAACUAAGAAAACAGAUUAUCCAUUUUCAGUCUUGUAGCCUAUUUUUUAGAAUAAAAAACAGAGAAUCAUUGGUAUUGGACCCCUA